CAAAACUCAGAACCCAACCCUGAACACACAACACAAAAAUCUACCACUCCACAUCUCAAAAUUCUUCCCCUCUCUUCUCAUUCACCAUUCUUUCUUCAAACUCAGACAACAGAUAACUACCGUAGCAGAGAAAUUCAAAGCAUAUUAGCAGUCUGUGUAGCAAAAAUUACGGUUGUUGAAUUGAUAGAUAUAUUAUGAUGGCAUGUGCAUUCUAUGGAAAUGGCUGCACCUUUUCUGCACCAGCAAACAGCACAAGAUCUUUGUUGUUCAACAAGAGCCAGCCCAAGAAGAGGCAAAGCGUUUAUUAUUGCUGUGUCAGAGUGAGGGCUUCUUCUGAGGAUGCUGAUGAUUGCAACACUGAAGAAUGUGCGCCUGAUAAAGAGGUCGGGAAAGUUAGCGUGGAAUGGCUAGCGGGGGAGAAAACCAGAGUGGUUGGUACAUUUCCACCGCGUAACAGAGGUUGGACGGGGUAUGUAGAGAAGGACACAGCUGGACAGACGAACAUAUACUCGGUCGAGCCUGCAGUUUAUGUUGCAGAAAGUGCAAUCAGUUCUGGAACUGCAGGUUCCUCCUCCGACGGAGCAGAGAACACAGCAGCUAUCGCUGCAGGCAUUGCUCUAAUCUCUGUCGCUGCUGCUUCGUCAAUACUUCUCCAGGUGGGCAAGAAUCCACCCGUCGUGCAGACCGCAGAGUACUCAGGGCCGUCUCUCAGCUACUACAUCAAUAAGUUUACACCUGCGGAAAUUAUUGAAGCUUCUGCACCCCCUCCUGAAAGCUCAACAGCUUUGCAAACAGAAACCUCUGCCCAGGAAGUCUCUCAGCCUGAGGUUCAGGUGGAACCUCUGCAGGAAACGUUGCCAUCAGACUCCACUGUCUCUUAGGCUGCUAAUUCCACUAUUUUUCAUAAUUUCUUUCUUCCCCGAUUUUCGUGUAUACACUCGCUUAGUCUGUUGUUUCUGUGACAUAAUACAUCUUGAUGGAUACUGUAUAUUGAUGUCUCCUUUCUCCAGCAGGUACGGUUACCGUAUCGUCCCAUUUUCCA